GACUUCCAUGGAUUCGUUCGGCCUUGUUCUCCUCCUCACGUCGGCCAGCGGUCUCACCGUCAAGCCCGCCCUCCUCCCACCACCGCGGUCAAUCGCCACGCCUUCUGUGGCCACCAAAACUGCACCAUUUGAAGCGGCUUAUGGACUCCAUAAGCCGCGCAUCAACGAACCGCGGAUGGCUGGCACCGACUCUGACACCGCCUCGCGUGCUGGCGCCGCACUGCAGAUGGCGAUUUAUGACGACGCUCGCCAGCGCUCAGCCAGAGCGCCACGCCGCUGGCCGGCCGCGAGCAAGUGGGUGCUGGCGUCGGCCGCCGCCGCCGCCCUGGUCCAAUGCGAUUUGGGCGGGCUGCUCGCGGCGUACAACUCGGCGCUACAUGAUUGGCCAUUCUCCACCAAGGCUCUGAGCACUGGCAUCACCUACGUCCUCAGCGACUUGACGGCGCAGGCUCUCGAGCGGCGGGCUGUCGCCAGCAGCAGCGGUGGCAGCCGGCAAGGCAUCACCCUGUCGGCGGCGGGCAGCGAGAGCAAGCUCAGGGUCGGGCGUGCGCUGCGCUUUGGAGCGGUCGGCCUCCUCUGGGUGGGCCCGCUGCUCGCCGGAUGGUUCCAGCUCAUGGAGCACUUUGUGCCCGGCCGCUCUGCCGGCGCCGUCACCCGCAAGCUGAUCCUCGACCAACUCGUGCAAGGACCCUUCAUGAUCGGCACCAUGUACCUACUGACCGGCGUCUCGGGCGGGCUGGCGACCGGCCGGGGCUUUGGUCGAUCCCUGCGGCAGGCUCGUCGCACGGCCGAGCAGCAGCUGGCGCCAACGUGGGUGCGGUCCGUCUUUGUGUGGGCGCCGGUGCAGGCGCUGCAGCAGUUGUUCGUCCCGCUGCAGCACCGCGUGCUCGUCGCGAAUGGGGUGAGCUACUUCUGGGACACGUACCUCGCGAACAAAAUGGGCGGUGAGGACGAGAGCUGAUGCCCUGCUGAGUUCCGUGAGCCAUGUUCCGUGCAAGCACGCCCACUAGCGAAACCGAGGGAGCCGUGGUACGUGUGUGCACAAUCCCUGUGACAGUAUGUGCAUGUACGUGCAUCAAAGUCACACGUGUUAUCUUUUCUUCUGUUGUCUAAUCUUGUGUUCACAUGCAACUC